AUGUCCUUUUCACCUACAAAAGUCGAUGCUGAAGCUAUGAAACAGCUGCAGCAGCUUCAAUUCACAUUGAAUCCGAUUGCCACGCCGACUUCGACUCCAUCAAACCCGGCUCCGCCGAUUCCUCCAACUCUUGUGUCCAAAGUCCCUGCCUCCAACGCCUCCAUGCGCAGGCCAAAGCCGCAGGCUACAGAGAAGAAGUUGACCACCACCAAGUCAACGGGAUCAAAGAAGCGCACAUACAAGUCAGAUGAAUCUGACAACGACAACUCGAAGUCUGCGGCUAAGCGCAAAUCCAGUGGACGGACGAACGGGUCGGGAAACUACGCAAACGACCAUGUUAUGGGGAUGCUCAAUGUGGUGGAGGAUGUAGAGCCCGCAGGAGGGAAUGGAUGGAAGGAGGUGGCGAGGCUAUAUAACAUCCGUGCAGAGGAGGAGGGUUGGCCGACACGAACCCAAGAGUCAUUGCAGAGGAAGUACAAGUCGUUCUUGACGAUGAAGAAGCCCACCGGAAGCGGCGAACGUCCCCCUCAUGUCACCCGCGCUCUCCAGAUCGAGGAGAACAUCAUCAAGAAGGCCGGCAUCGUCGAGAUCAGCGACACUGAUAACUCGUCAGAUACGGACGUGGAUGUGAAGCCGGUAAAGAAGCGCACCGCCGUUGCAACUCGUGCUCCAUCCCCUGCCCGCCGCCGAUCUCGCGUGAACCCCAAUGAGGUCAUGGGCAAUGUUGCCCGUGCGUUUGACCCGGAGGCAAUGGAGCGGCGCGAGUCUGCACAGACCCAACGCAUGCACGAGAGCGCACAGCUCUUUGCGGCAUCACAGCAGACUCGGGACCUCCAGAGGGAGGUCGCUGCUCUCCAUCGACGGAUUGAGCAGCUGCAGGAGCGUUUGCAUGAGGCUCAGCGUGAACGCGACAUGGCCAAACUCCGCCUCGAGUUCAUCCAGCCUCCUCGCAGCCAUGCCAAUUCCAGCCCGUACAUGCCGCCGCAGAUCACAGACAAUGACUACGAGUUCGACUGGGGUCGCUCUUCUCCCUCCGUUUCCCACCAUCGCAAUGCAAUCGCUGGCCCGUCGCAUCCUCAACGCUUUCCCUCCGAACUUCAGACUUCGACAGUUGUUGCCGAUGCUGCUGAGGUCACUGUCUCGCAGCCAGAUGGGAGCGCUUUGACAGUCACCAUCAGCCCGAGCAAGGGCAAGGGCAAGCAGAAGGCUACGGAGGACAAUGAGGAGCAGUAG